AUGUAUGUGCUGAAUAUUGAAGAGUUAAAGAAAGAUAUUCUUGAUGAAGCGCAUAUAUCAGCCUAUGCGAUGCAUCCUGAAGGGAUUGUUAAAUACCACGGGGUUCCAGUUAGUAUUAUUUCUGAUCGGGAUCCUAGGUUCACUUCUAAGUUUUGGGUGGCAUUUCAGGAAGCUCUUAGUUCGAGAUUGCUUUAUAGUACAACAUAUCAUCCACAGACUGACGGGCAAUUUGAGAGAACUAUCCAGACACUAGAAGAUAUACUGAGAUCUUCGGUACUGCAGUUUGGCGACGCUUGCCAUAAGCGUUUGGAUUGGAUGGAGUUUGCCUAUAAUAACACCUACCAUUCUAGCAUCAGGAUGUCACAUUUCAAGGCACUAUAUGGUAAAUCCUGUCGUGCACCUUUUUGUUGGUCAAAAGUUUGUGAGAGGGUGUUAGUGGGCCCAGAGAUUAUUGAUGAGACUACUCAGAAUAUUCAGGUAUUUUUGAAGCUAUCUCUGUGGAAAGGCGAUGUGCGGUUUGGUAAGAAAGAUCCAUCACAUGUGAUACCUCAUCAACCACUAGAAAUUAAUCCAGACUUGACAUAUGAUGAGGAACCAAUGACGAUCUUAGACUGGAAGGAUAAGGUUCUGAGGAACAAAACUGUGUGCAUGGUGAAAGUUUUGUGGAGGAACCACUUAGUGGAGGAGGCUACUUAG